GGGCGGCUGGCGGGUUCGAUAUCUUCCGCAUUUCCCACGUUGUUGUUCGGUCCUGGGGAAAGGCUUUGGUUCAAAAGACCCUGCUUGAACGUACCGGUAGCUGGCUUCUUUAAUAGGCACGCGCCACGACUCCAGACGGAUCUAGAAAAGUUUGCAAUGGUGACGUCAUGAUGAGGUGUUCGCAGUCUGGGCACGAAACUGCGGCGGUGGGUCUUGCCGUGGAGGUGUGAACUUUGAACGGCGUUGCACGACCUUAGGACGCGGGUGUGCGUCGCGACGGCUCGCGAUGUAGGUUUUCAUUUUUUACCAGACACCUGUGUGAGUGUGAUCGGGGGUUUGGGGGCAGAAAACAGCCAGCCACCUGCUACGUGUAUAAGAACGUGUUUGUUACCGUUACCCCCGGCGAGACAUGUAUGCUGUUCGACCGAGAAAUCAAUUACGGUCCAGGAGCGGACGUGAGCAUGCCAGUGACCCCAAGACCCAGGACAGCGAUGUUCGCUACUUCAUUUACAAGAGAGGCGGCACGGUUUCCGUGUCAGAGCUCAGGAACAUGGGGUACUCUCCACAGAACGGCCGGCCCCUGGACCAGUGGCUGUCGGAACUACCGGGAAGGUUCGUGACGAGGCGGGGUCCCUCCGGGCAGACCGAGGUGGUUUCCGCCAUCGUGAACGUUAACCUGUGUUAUGACUACCUGCACGGGGGCUGUGCGCGCGGGACUGCGUGUAAGCACCUGCAUGUGUGCCGGGGGUUCAUAGCGGGCCACUGUAGGUUCGAGUCCGGCAACAGGUGUCGCUUUUCGCACACCUUCCAAGAGCCACAGAACAGAAGGCUGGUAGAGAGAUGCGGCCUGGGAAAUCUACCACAGGAUACCGUGCGCCAAGUUCUGUGUACCUCCUUCCCCCAUGUUUGCGAAGCCCACGUGAGAGCCGGGUGCCCUGACCAGAACUCCUGUCCCUAUCUACACAUAUGCAAGGACUUCGUCAAGUCAGGAUGUUUCAGAAAAGACUGCAGAUAUCCGCACGACUUCGGUACAAGGCACAACGAACGAGUCCUGCGUCUCCAUUUCUUAUCCCCAAAUCUCGAGCAAAAAUAUUUGAUCAACGCCACCCUUCUGAUGUACUCGACAAACAGAAUGCUGACGGUUACAGGUAAUAUGUCACAGAGUAUGCAGGAUCUUUCCUCUACCCCAAACAGCCACAAUGACUCCAGAGCGGACACUCUGAACGGAAAAGGCAAGGGGCACGGUAAUAUGGCGCGUAUGGGCAGAAUGGGACACAGCCUUGGCAGCCUAGACGUCCAGACUGUUACUAAACAACCACAAGAGACAGUCGUCUUUACCCACCUUUGUCAAGCGCACGGCGGAACUGCCCCUUUAAAUGAUGUUUUGACUAACAGCGAACUGUUCCCAGAAGGUGUUCACGCCCGACGUUGGAUCAAGCAACGUCCGCACUUCUUCCGCAUAUUCAAAAGUGCAGACGACGUUGAGAUGGUUUCCGUCCUCUCCCCUCGCUCCCGGCUGUGCCAUCAGUACAACAACCCCAUGAAGGGCUGCACGCGCCAGUUCUGCCAGUAUUUCCACCUGUGUAAGAAGUUCGUCGAAGGAAGGUGUCCCAAAGACGGUACCUGUAGCUACCAACACGACUUGAAGAACACCCAGGCUCGAGAAAACAUCCGAAAAUACCGUCUGAGCGAUCUGAACGAUGACGAAGUCAUCAAAGUCAUCCGUCUGUCCAGUCCUGAGGUUUGCGAGGCUUACAACAAAGAGAACUGUGCAGAGAAAGAUACAUGCCAUCGCCUGCAUGUCUGUGCGAACUUCGUGCUGGAAAAAUGCACAUCGGGAAGUCGGUGCAAACUUCACCACGAGAGUAGCCUUGACACCAAGCACACCAAAACCGUCCUGGAAAACUACAAGAUGACCGGAAUGGAAUCCCGGUCAGUCAUCAAGGUCUUGUGGGUGUGUUUUGAUCCUCCCCCGCCAAAAGUUGAAACAACGACAACAAAUCAAGACGGCAACCCAAAGUCCAUUCCUAGUCCCACGGAGACCAAAACAAGUACGAAACCAGGCCGCAGAACAUUUGUCUUGAACACAGAGGCACACAUAUGUGAAGAUUUUAUUCUGGAUAAGUGUUCCAAGGGCAACCAGUGUCGGAAACACCAUGUCGGUACACCUUACCUGUGGCAAUACAAAGACGCGGGGCUCCCGGCUAACGCGUGGCAGGAUUUCAAUGAAACCAUGAAUGAACGACUGGAGAGGUCAUUCUCUGACCCAAGCAACAAUGGCGCCAAGGUCAAAGCUGUCGGAGAGAACUGGUUGAUAGACUUCAAACACAUGACCGUCCAGCCGGCAAGGGUCAAAGUCCGCCGCCUGAGCACCACGUCAUCCAAGUUAGACCCCGCCGGUCGCCUAGCAACCAGAUGGGUGUGGUAUUGGAGGGACCAAUCAAGUGCCUGGGUGGAAUAUGGAAAUAAAUUACAGACCGGUACGGACGCUGGUCCCAGCUCAGACGACAUCGAGCAGGCAUACCUGACGGGCCAGCCCACGGUGAUGUUCGAGGUCCCCCCGCACCGCUACCGGCUGGAGUUCGCGGGGAUGUACCAGCAGAACCUCAACCCGCACUUCCUGACCAGGCGGGACGUCCGCCGCCGGCCGGUGUUCGUGUCACGGGCUGAGGUGGACACAAAGACAAGUAAACCGCAGCAGCUGUGUGCCCUGCCCUCCACCUGGACGCCCAUGCCGGCGGGACAGGACUUCGUGCGCCGGCCCCUGUCCCGCCUCUGUCCCGAGUUCCGCGUGGUGGAGAUGCUCUUCCGACAGACCAUGGGCGAGGAGAAGGUCAUCGUCAGGAUAGAGAGGGUACAGAACCCCUUCCUGUGGGAGAAGUACAACAGGAAGAAGGAGUAUAUGCGACCACGCCUCCACACGCAGUCCUCCCUCUACAGGACAGGUGGCGCUGCUGCACAGGCGACAGUGGACGAGCGGACGCUCUUCCACGGCACCGAGCCCGACAUCGUGGACGGGAUAUGCCGCCAGAACUUCGACUGGCGCCUCUGCGGCAAAAACGCCACGGCGUUCGGACAGGGCAGUUACUUUGCCGUCCAGGCGUCCUAUAGCCACAGGUACACUUCCCCAGACACCAAGGGGUCGCACUUUAUUUUCCUCGCCAACGUUUUGGUAGGUUCGCACACCGUCGGCAGCUCGAAAAUGCGCCGACCGCCCCCGAUAGAUCCCGAAGACCCGAACGGUGAGCUGUACGACUCGUGUGCGAACAGCGCCGCCGAACCGACGAUUUUUGUUAUCUUCGACAGUGACCAGUGUUACCCGACGUAUCUCAUAGAGUACUGGGACACUGUCUGAUCGUGUUCGUAUUCUGAGGAACCGCAAUAUCAGCCUCUAACGGGCUUCGGGAGGCGGCUGUAAAAUUUGGCCAAACUCAUAGAUAACAUGCCAGGGGAGUUGGUCCGCAUCCGAACUGUACUCUCUAGCAU